AUGAGUUCCGGAGUGAUUCCAAACGACGACUGCAAACCGGCGUUCGAUAAAGUCCGUCUCGGGAAAGUGAAAUACGUGACGUAUAAAAUCGACGACAAAGCGGAGAAGACGGAAGUGUGCGCGAUUGGAGAGACCAAGGCGGAGUUCAAAUUUGAAAAAUUCCUCUCGUUACUCCCGGAAACGGAGUCUCGAUACGCGGUUCUCGAUUGGGACGUGACCACGGACGACGGCAGGCAGUUUAGUAAGUUAUUUUUUAUCAGUUGGGUUCCGGACUCGUGUAAAGCGAAGGAGAAGAUGUUGUACGCUUCGUCGAAGCAGAGUUUACGAAACGCCUUGAGCGGGGUGCACUUGGAUCAUCAAGCGGCGGAUAUGGACGACGUGACGGAAGAGAUUUUCACCUUGAAAGCGCUUGGGAAGUAG